GCACAAGCUUCCCCUCACGCCUCGCUGCUUACCAUGUCCCACACUCCUUCAUCGUCGCCAUGUCGCUGAGCAGAGCAUCGAUGCUGUCACGAGGCAGCACUCGCGUCGCCGGGCGCGCGCUCGGGCGGUGCGGCCUCACGCAAAAGAGGUGGGCGAGCAACAAGAACCAGAAGCCGUCGCAGGACCCCGACCAGCCGUUCUACCUGCAGCUGCAGGAGAGCAUCAUGGAGCGCGUGCAGAAGGAGAAGGCCGAGCAGAUUGAGAUCCAGGAGAUGCAGCAGCGUACUGCGCGCGGCAACUUCUGGGCCACGCUCACGGCCGUCGCCGUUGCCGCCGGCAUGGGAUACUACUACGGCCAGAUGAAGCCGCCCAAGCCCAACACCGCCUCGACCGCGCCGCUGCACUCGUUCCCGCCCGUCAAGCACAACAUCUCAGAGGCGAACAUGGAGGCUGCCUGGGCCGACUUCCGCGACAUCGUCGGCAAGGAGAACGUCUCGCUCGAGCGCUCCGAGCUGGAGUCCCACAGCGGCUCGUCGUGGUCGUCGCACCCCGCGGCCCCCGGCGACGUGCCCUUCUGCAUCGUCAAGCCCGCCAGCACCGCUGAGGUCAGCGCCCUCAUGAAGGUGUGCCACGAGCGCCGCAUUCCCGUGACCCCAUACAGCGGCGGCACCAGCCUCGAGGGCCACUUCGCCGCCACCCGCGGCGGCAUCUGCAUCGACUUCAGCCGCAUGGACAAGGUCCUCGCCCUGCACCCCGACGACCUCGACGUCGUCGUCCAGCCCGCCGUCGGCUGGGAGCUCCUCAACGAGGAACUCGCAAAGAGCAACCUCUUCUUCCCGCCCGACCCCGGCCCCGGCGCCAUGAUCGGCGGCAUGGUCGGCACCGGCUGCAGCGGCACAAACGCGUACCGCUACGGCACGAUGAAGGACUGGGUCAUCUCGCUCACCGUGGUCCUCGCCGACGGCACCGUCAUCAAGACCCGCCAGCGCCCGCGCAAGUCCUCCGCCGGCUACGACCUGACCCGCCUGUUCAUCGGCAGCGAAGGCACCCUCGGCCUCGUCACCGAAGCCACCCUCAAAAUCACCCCGAAGCCCCAACACACCUCCGUCGCCGUCAGCGCCUUCCCCUCCGUGCGCGCCGCCGCCGCCUGCGUGUCCCGCGUCGUCGGCACCGGGAUCCCCAUCGCCGCGAUCGAGAUCCUGGACGACGUGCAGAUGGCGUGCAUCAACGACGCGGGGCAGACGUCGCGCACGUGGCCCGCCGCGCCCACGCUGUUCUUCAAGUUCGCGGGCACGCCUGCCAGCGUCAAGGAGCAGGUCGCGCAGGUGCAGAAGCUGGCCAAGGCGGCGGGCAGCGUGUCGUUUGAGUUUGCGCGCAGCGAGCAGGAGAAGGAGGAUUUGUGGCAGGCGCGCAAGGAGGCGCUGUGGAGCGUCAUGGCCAAGGGUGAUGGGAGCCCUGAUGUCGGCGUGUGGACGACAGAUGUCGCGGUGCCGAUUAGCCAGUUGCCGCUGAUCAUCGAGGAGACCAAGGAGCAGAUCGGGAAGUCCGGACUGUUGGGGAGUAUCGUGGGGCAUGUUGGCGACGGGAACUUUCACGCAAUUAUCCUCUACAACCGCAAAACCGAACACGCCAAAACCGCGCACCUCGUGCACACCAUGGUCAACCGCGCCCUCGAACUCGAAGGCACCGCGACCGGCGAGCACGGCGUCGGGCUGGUGAAGCGCGACUACCUGCCCCAGGAACUGGGCGCCACGACCGUGGACGCCAUGCGCCAGCUGAAGAAGGCGUUCGACCCGCUGUGCUUACUGAAUUGCGAUAAGGUGGUCAGGGCGAGGGAGAAGGGGGAGGAGGAG